GUUUUCACUAAUAACUUUGCACUAAGCUUCUCAUGCAAUUAUUAAGUCAACACUCGAGUUAUGUCAGUGAAUGCUCAACGUAGACGACGACUCUCUUUCUUACUUCGUAUUUUGUCCUCUAUGACCUUGUGGCUCUGUUUCAGAUAUGAAAUGCUUGGAUUAAUUCUUGUGAGGAAUCAUUAUAAAUAGGGAAUGAUUUGCAUGCAAAGAUAGUAUUCUGAUAAAUCACACAGCCAUACAUCUAAAUACUUGCAGUGCAAUUGUGCUUCUUAUCUAACAUCGUCUUGAUUACAUUAAUUAAGAUGGAGUUGGGAAGGUGGUUCAGACAUGCUUAUGCAAUAUCAAUUGUGCUUCUUCUGCACAUCAACGCUUCCUUAUCACUCGGCCACCACCAUGCUAAUGUGACAACGAGGUGCAUAGAGAGGGAGAGGGAUGCACUUCUUGCUAUCAAACGAGACCUGGGGGAUGAUCACAAUCUACUCUCUUCAUGGGGAAGCGAAGCCAAAAAGCAAGACUGUUGCAGAUGGGAAAGGGUCUACUGUGACCAGCUGACCGGCCAUGUUACUCAACUUCAUCUUAGAGGACUGGCGGUGAUCUCUUGGCCAGGUGAGUUUAUGCCUUACAUGUCUUACAGACAUUCUAAAGGAAAAGUUAGUCCUAAAAUCAUUGAGUUGCAGCAUUUGAAAUAUUUGGACCUCAGUGACAAUAACUUCAAUGGGAGGCAAAUUCCGGCUCUCAUUUUCUCUUUGUCCAAUUUAAGACACCUAGAUCUCAGUUUCAAUGACCUCACCGGGAGCAAAAUUCUGGAUCACAUUGGUAACCUGACCAAUUUAAGAUAUCUAGAUCUCUAUGGGAAUAGCUUAGGUGAUGAAGUUCCAUAUCAUCAGCUCAGAAACCUUACUCACUUGCAGUAUCUCAAUCUCGGGCAUACUCAUGGUGUAGAAAACCUCCAUUGGCUCCCACAUCUUUCUUCUUUAAAAUACCUGGACCUGAGUUCGACCGAUCUAAGGAAGGUUUCUGAUUGGCUGGAAACAAUAAACAAGCUCCCCAAUUUAAGAAACUUGACCUUGAGCUUCUGUAGUCUUCCUCCUCCAACUCUUUCCACUCUUUCUCACAUAAAUUCUUCCAAUUCUCUUUUUAGUGUUGAUUUUUCUGGAAAUCCUGCGGUCAGUUCUUCAAUAUUCAAAUGGUUGUGCGAUUUCAAUACCACCCUUGUUCAUCUUGACCUCUCUUCCAACCAAUUAAGUGGUUCGAUUCCCGAUGCUUUGGCAAACAUGAGAUCACUUAAAUAUCUUGGCCUCUCUUCCAACCAAUUAAGUGGUUUGAUUCCCUAUGCUUUCGCAAACAUGAGCUCACUUGAAACUCUGUACCUCUCUUCCAACCAAUUAAGUGGUUUGAUUCCCAAUGCUUUCGCAAACAUGAGCUCACUUGAAUAUCUUGACCUCUCUUCCAACCAAUUAAGUGGUUUGAUUCCCAAUGCUUUCGCAAACAUGAGAUCACUUGAAUAUCUUGAACUCUCUUCCAACCAAUUAAGUGGUUUGAUUCCCUAUGCUUUCGCAAACAUGAGCUCACUUGCAACUCUUGACCUCUCUUCCAACAAAUUAAGUGGUUUGAUUCCCGAUGCUUUCGCAAACAUGAGCUCACUUGAAGCUCUGUACCUCUCUUCCAACCAAUUAAGUGGUUUGAUUCCCGAUGCUUUCGCAAACAUGAGCUCACUUGUAGCUCUUGGCCUCUCUUCCAACAAAUUAAGUGGUUUGAUUCCUGAUGCAUUCGCAAACAUGAGAUCACUUGCAGCUCUUGGCCUCUCUUCCAACAAAUUAAGUGGUUUGAUUCCUGAUGCUUUCGCAAACAUGAGAUCACUUGAAUAUCUUGGCCUCUCUUCCAACCAAUUAAGUGGUUUGAUUCCCGAUGCUUUCGCAAACAUGAGCUCACUUGAAACUCUGUACCUCUCUUCCAACCAAUUAAGUGGUUUGAUUCCCGAUGCUUUCGCAAACAUGAGCUCACUUGUAACUCUUGACCUCUCUUCCAACCAAUUAAGUGGUUUGAUUCCCGAUGCUUUCGCAAACAUGAGCUCACUUGUAACUCUGUACCUCUCUUCCAACCAAUUAAGUGGUUUGAUUCCCGAUGCUUUCGCAAACAUGAGCUCACUUGUAACUCUGUACCUCUCUUCCAACCAAUUAAGUGGUUUGAUUCCCGAUGCUUUCGCACACAUGAGCUCACUUGAAUAUCUUGGCCUCUCUUCCAACCAAUUAAGUGGUUUGAUUCCCGAUGCUUUCGCAAACAUGAGCUCACUUAAAUAUCUUGGCCUCUCUUCCAACCAAUUAAGUGGUUUGAUUCCCGAUGCUUUCGCAAACAUGAGCUCACUUGAAACUCUGUACCUCUCUUCCAACCAAUUAAGUGGUUUGAUUCCCGAUGCUUUCGCAAACAUGAGCUCACUUGCAACUCUUGACCUCUCUUCCAACAAAUUAAGUGGUUUGAUUCCCGAUGCUUUCGCAAACAUGAGCUCACUUGAAACUCUGUACCUCUCUUCCAACCAAUUAAGUGGUUUGAUUCCCGAUGCUUUCGCAAACAUGAGCUCACUUGAAACUCUGUACCUCUCUUCCAACCAAUUAAGUGGUUUGAUUCCCGAUGCUUUCGCAAACAUGAGCUCACUUAAAUAUCUUGACCUCUCUUCCAACCAAUUAAGUGGUUUGAUUCCCUAUGCUUUCGCAAACAUGAGCUCACUUGCAGCUCUUGACCUCUCUUCCAACAAAUUAAGUGGUUUGAUUCCUGAUGCUUUCGCAAACAUGAGCUCACUUGUAACUCUUGACCUCUCUUCCAACCAAUUAAGUGGUUUGAUUCCCGAUGCUUUCGCAAACAUGAGAUCACUUGCAGCUCUUGACCUCUCUUCCAACAAAUUAAGUGGUUUGAUUCCUGAUGCUUUCGCAAACAUGAGAUCACUUGAAUAUCUUGGCCUCUCUUCCAACCAAUUAAGUGGUUUGAUUCCCUAUGCUUUCGCAAACAUGAGCUCACUUGAAACUCUGUACCUCUCUUCCAACCAAUUAAGUGGUUUGAUUCCUGAUGCUUUCGCAAACAUGAGCUCACUUGAAUAUCUUGACCUCUCUUCCAACCAAUUAAGUGGUUUGAUUCCUGAUGCUUUCGCAAACAUGAGCUCACUUGCAGAGCUUAACCUCUCUUCCAACCAAUUAAGUGGUUUGAUUCACGAUGUUUUUGCAAACAUGAGCUCACUUGCACGUCUUGACAUCUCUUAUAACCCAUUCGGAGGAGGGAUCCCAGCAUUCAUUGGCCAGUUAUGCAGUUUGCGAUAUGUGUCAGUUUCAGGUUGUAAUCUGACUAGUGGACAACUUUCUGAGUUUGUUCAAGGAUGUUCAGCAUGUGUUCAAAACUCAUUACAGAGUUUUGAUCUUUCCAAUAAUCAUCUUGCUGGGUCACUUCCUAAUCUUACAAGCUUUUCAUCAUUGGAGGUAUUAACUCUCUCCAAAAAUAAGUUGAGUGCUCUGGAUAGCAUUGGAAAUUUUUCUUCUCUCAAACAAUUAUCUGUUGAUCAAAAUCAAUUACGAUGGAUGAUACCGGAAAGUAUUGGGAAACUCUCCGGUUUGUAUGCCUUGGAUCUCUCUGGAAAUCUUCUGAGCGGAAGAAUUCCAGAAGGUAUUGGGCAACUCACAUCAUUGUCUUAUUUAGCUCUUUCUGAAAAUCAAUUAAGCAGAAGCAUACCUGAAACUAUUGGGCAACUAUCAUCUUUGUGGAGUUUAGAUCUCUCUAGAAAUCUGUUAAGCGGAAGAAUACCGCAAAGUAUUGGACAGAUGUCUGGGUUGCUCCAUAUAAAUCUUAGUAUGAAUCGUUUGGAAGGGGAGAUUUCAGAAACUCAUUUCUCAAAACUCUUCAAUUUAUAUGAGUUGGAUUUAUCCUAUAACUCAUUAUUAGAAUUCAAUGUCACUUCUGAUUGGGUUCCUCCUUUCCAAUUGCAAUAUCUAAGCUUGAGGUCUUGUAUGGUGGGGCCGGAUUUCCCAAAAUGGCUUCGAACCCAAAAAGAUCUUUCCUACCUUGACAUGUCUGAUGGUGACAUUUCAGAUGUCCCUCCAAGCUGGUUCUGGGGUCUAUUUGGUGACGGUUCGACUAUAGAUCUGUCUAACAAUCAAAUUAGAGGAACAUUAGGGAGUUCAGAGGCUGUAUCAUUAAGCGGAGUUGAAGUUCGAUUUAGUUCCAACCAGUUGGAAGGUCCAAUACCCUCAUUUCUAUCAAAAGCGACAUAUUUGGAUCUCUCUGAUAAUAAAUUUUCAGAGAUGACUUCCUUCUUGUGUUCUUCGAAUGUUAAAAUUUCCAAAUUUCUUGAUCUCUCUGAAAAUCAUAUUUCAGGAGAAGUUCCAGAUUGUUGGAGAUAUUGGGUCAAUCUAGAACUUCUCGAUUUGAGUAACAAUUCUUUUUCUGGGAAAAUCCCACCCAAUAUAGGAUGUUUACUUCGAAUCAAAACAUUGAAAUUAAGGAGCAACAGACUUGUGGGAGAAUUGCCUUCAUCCUUGAAGAAUUGUACAAGCUUAAAUGUUAUUGAUCUUGGGAACAAUACGCUUUCAAGUUCAGUCCCUGAAUGGUUAGGGGACCGUCUUCCAAAUUUGGUUAUUCUUAUGCUUCAAUCUAAUCAGUUUAGUGGAAGUUUGCCUUCACAAUUAUGCCAUCUAGCACGCCUUCAAAUUUUGGAUGUCUCUGGGAAUCAAAUCUCUGGAUCUAUACCAAAAUGCCUCGAUAGUUUGACUUCUUUGGUGCAAGAAGGAAAUUCAAAUCUAACCAUCAGACAUUCUUUUAAUACAUCUGAGGCCGAACCACCUAUGAGUUCUCUUUAUUAUGAGGAUGAUGCAACCUUCAUGUGGAAGAGAACAUUGUCUACAUACAAAAACAUUUUGGGGCUAGUCAAGAGCAUUGAUCUCUCAUGCAACAGAUUAACUGGGGAGAUUCCAAGUGAAAUCACUCAUCUUGUUGGGCUCGUUUCUCUGAACCUUUCAUGGAACAAUUUGACUGGGCAAAUACCUCCAGAGAUCGGAAACUUGAAGUCACUAGAUUCUCUUGAUUUGUCUAGAAACAAGAUAGGUGGCAGGAUUCCGACAAGCCUUGCUCAGAUCUAUGGACUUGGUGUCAUGGAUUUGUCAUUUAACAACUUGUCUGGUGAAAUUCCAACUGGUACUCAGCUCCAGAGCUUUGAUCCGUCCUUUUAUGCCGGAAAUCCUCAAUUGUGUGGACGUCCACUUGAUGCUUGUAAUCCAGAGGGAACUGGUGGGCCAAAUGUCUCGAGUGAUCAAGCAGAUCCAGAUGAGCUCAUCACACCGGGCUUUUACAUAAGUCUAGGACUUGGAUUUGCUGUUGGAUUCUGGGUUGUCUGUGGGAGCUUGAUAUUCAAGCGGUCAUGGAGAUAUGCAUACUACAACUUCUUGAAUGCUUUAAAUGAUUGGAUUUAUGUGAGGGUAGCUUUGCUCAGACGGCAAUUGAAGGAUAUGCUCAGUAGACAAUCUUAAGCGCGCCAGCAUCUUCUGAAACAAGCGCUUCCUUUCAAUUGAGCACAUCACAUACUUGCGCUGUACAAUCAUCCGCUCAAGUCUUCAAGUAUACAGUGUUUAGUACCCUGCUUGUUCGGUCAUGUUUUUCUUUCUUUUGUCUAUACCUUGCGAAAUUCGGUUUCCAUGUCUCAUUGUAUUAGUUUUCAAUAAGAGGCUACCCCUCAGUAUCAGAAUAGUCGGAAUUGGCAGUCUGUCAUUUUCUUCAUAUUCAUGUUAGGGUUGUGCUCAGUUAGUUAUUUUACCGUUCUUGAUUAUUGUACUUUUCAGCUUGUAUUUUAUCCUGGCGAGGUAUUGGCAUAGCCCCCCUUGCUAUGUAUCUUUUAUUUGAUUUUCAAUAAAUUCGGAUAAGAGCAAUGAGUUAGCUCUUACUCCGCUUCCUAAAAAAAAAAAAAACCUGUAAAAACUUGUUGGUCCAAUCAACUCUUUGCCUUAAAUAAUUUCUAUUCUAGCUAGUGUUAUUUCAGAAAUUUUUGCAGUUAGUAUAGUUUAAAUGAUAAUGUAUGCGCUCAGUAACUACUGAAUGACCAGUGAUUAGGGACUGCAUCUUAAGGUUUUCUUUCUUGAAUUCAACUGUUUUUCAUCAAGAAGAAUAGACAGGCAUGGUAUCUAUACACAAAUUGCAUGCUUUUGUUAUAAGUAUUUUCCUCCAACAGCCCUCUACAACUAAUCUCAACUAAUCUUCUUCUUUUUCCAUGUUUUUUCAAAGUUAUUUGUAUAGGGUCAAACAAAAUAAAGAUUUAACUACAAACUAGCGCACCAGAAAAUAACUACCACAUAUCAAACAGCACCAUAAUGUGUGAAGCUUCAACUUCCCUGGUUUGGAACCUUGUCUUGAACCUAUAUACGUUGGAAUGAUAAGUGUCACAUUUAGUACCUAAGCCUUUAUUCUCACUUGUGUCCAGCAGCAGUAUUCCUUUUGGCUUCAAGCAUAAUUCCUUCAGUGCUGAUUGUGCUGUAUUCUCCAAUCCGAGUGCAGAAAUUGCAGCAGCCUGAAGAUGAGAUGCAAUGUGCCAUAUUAGGGAAGUUACUUGAGCUUACCAUGUUUCCAACAUCAAUGACUUGCAAGUGAAAGCAACUGUUGGCAUGAUGACUGUUAAGAACUAAUGCACACUGGGAAGUUCUAAAUUAAUGUACUGUUGAAGAAUGGACAGCCAUAUAAAUACUUGUAUGGCAUGAGCUUCUUCGGUCGUCUCAAAUAGUCCCGUUUUUAUUUAAUUGUUAUUAUGGAGGCCAGAAGGUGCUUGAAACAUGUCCAUGCAAUAUCAACGCUUCCUUAUGCCUCAGCCACAACCAUGUUAACGUGACGAGAGAGUGCGUGGAGAGGGAGAGGGAUGCACUCCUAGCUAUCAAACAAGACCUGGUGGAUGACUACAAGUGACUUUCUUCAUUCGGCAGCAAAGCCGAAAAUCAAGACUAUUGCAGAUGGGAAGGACUACUGUGACCCCCUGACCGACCUUAUCAUUCAACUUCAUCUUGGAGGAGUCUCUCCACAAGGUGAGUUUUUCAAAGGUAAAGGCAGUCUUAAACUCAUUGAGUUGCAGCAGUUGGAAUAUUUGGACCUCAGUCACAAUGACUUCAAUGGGGGCCAAAUUCCAGCGCUCAUUUGAUCCAUGUCCAAUUUAAGACACCUAAAGCAACUCCAAUGACUUCACCGGGAACAAAAUUCCAGAGCUCAUUGGUAAUCUAACCAUUUUAAGAUAUCUAGAUCACUCUGAUGUUGUCUUAGGUGGUGAAAUUCCACUUCACUCAGGUUGUAGAAAAACCUCAAUUGGCUCCCUCGUCUUUCUUUAAAAUAUCUGGACCUGACUUGGGCUGCUCUAAGACUUCUGAUUGGCUGGAAACAAUAGACAAGCUCUCUAAUCUAAGAAACUUGACCUCAAUGGGGAUGUGAUCUGCGUCCUCCAAUUCUUUCCACUCUGUCUCACAUAAAUUCUUCCAAUUCAUUCAUUACGAGAAAUUUUCUUUUAUUAAAUGAUUUCUACUGUUACUGUAGGAACUUGUUGGAGAACUCUCCAGUCAACUGUUUGCCUUGCAUAUAACUAUUCUAUCUGAUUCUAUUUAGACAUCUCUGCAAAAAAAUUCUUAUAUUAAAUGAUUUCUACUGUUUACUGUAGUCAGUUGAAUCACAAGAGACUUACUAGUAAAUAAAUGAGAACUUUUAUGAUCGUACCUUUGAAGAACCUCCUCGUUUGUCACCUUGCGUUCAUUCUUUGAUGAUAUUAACAAAAUUACAUGGCUUGGUAAUGACAACAGAUAAUUAAAUUUCAAUUACAUGUACAGGAAAACCUAUAAUUUGAACCUCAUUUCUCAACAAUAUCUUUUACAUCGCUACUCUUUUUUUUUUCUUUUUUCUUUUUUUUUUACAAAGAGAGAAAAGCAGUUGCAAAAAUGAUAGCAAAGCAUAAAAUGAAAACUGAUGAAAAUUUAUGAUAAAAUUCCAAUAUUUCAACUCUCAAUCUAUCAGCUAGACAGUCUACAAGAUGGCUUGCCGAUCGGAAACGAACCAUAUCAUGUUUUCUUGGAUCAAGUAACAGCCAAUUGCAUAUCAUGUUA